AAUCUUCGGCAGCAACAAACGGCUACUGGUUAGGCGCAAACAGCUUGUCGGCGUCACGCGUCUGGCAGUGGAGCGACGGCUCGGCAGUACAAAUGGGCGCUCCUUAUUGGGCGGCUAACACUGUGAGUGUGGAGAGAGAACCCAGCAGCCUCUCCCCCUCAAAUGUGGAGGAGAACUGCGCUCUGAUCAGUCCUCAUCGUGGUUGGUCAGUGCACGAUUACCCUUGCGAAGAGGCGGGUGUGUAUCCUGUGUGCUCUAGGAUCCCUAUUCGCGGCUUGUGCGCACAUCCAUUCGUGCUCGUGGGUACGCAGUGCGUGCACGUGAUCCAGGCAGAACAUCACUGGGGCGCCGCACGCACCCAGUGUGGACAUAUCGGUGGAGAUUUGAUCAUUUUGAACGACUGUGAUCAGUACCGCAAGGUUAACCUUUACCUCACCAAGCAAGGUUACAGACCCAUUGGAUUUUGGAUCGGCGGCUCAGAUGUGGCGGUGCAGGGGCAAUGGCGCUGGAUUGACGGUUCACCGAUGUCCAUGGGACUCCCGUACUGGGGCAAUAGUGGUGAAGGUGAACCAGAACCCGACGAGCCCGGCGUAGAAAACUGCCUGGAGCUCAGUUCUGUGUGGAUGUAUCGCUUCUCCAACACUAUGU